CUAAUGGCUUUCCAUGCAAAACAUUAUUUCUUUAAUCCAAAAGUUGAUGAUAUCUCUCUUUUCUUCGUUUUCAUUUAUGUGAAUCUUCAGGGAUCUCUGUUUUUAUUUCUCUAUGACUUUUUUUUUUUUAAUUAUUUGUUUAUAUUCAUGGGGCUUAAGAUGAUAAGGGUCAUGAUAUGAAAGUUGAAAUCUUUAUUUGAAAGAGAGAUUUUUGUUUUACCUACAGAUCUUAUGUUGAUAGCUCAUAGCUGUGACAAUUGUGGUUGGGAAAAUAUACAGAAUUGGCAUGUUUAAUGAUGGAGGCGAAGAUUGUUUUUUGUUUAUUAAAUUAAUUCUUGAGAAUUUUCCCAAGUAAUAGUAAAAGAUUUUUAAUGGUAGCCAAGUGGAAUGAAUGCCAGUCACGGUGAACAUUUUUAUGAAUGCCAAAUAAUCAUGCAAUUUAUGCGAGGAGUUGAAAUUUUUGCCCCAGCACUAGAUGGGUCCCAUAGUUGAGAUUGUUGUGCCUGUUGCAGAGAUAUUCAAUUCAUGGUGGUUUUGAUUUUCGAAAUUAUUAUUUUCAAUUUCUACCUUUGAUAGGGUAAGAUCACAACCCUUGAUGAUGUUAUGCGUUAUCUUUUAGAUCUAUCGCCUGUAUAAACAUCGUACAGAUCUUCCCAUUAUUAUCUUUUAUUAUCUAUUGGAUGAUUAUUUCUUUUUGAAGGACAGACGUGCGAGUAAUUAAAUUACUACAGUUUAAUAAUAUAAACAGAUCAGAUUGUAUGUUUCACUUAUCACGCUAUAAUCAGGCCUCUUUCUCUUUCUAUUUAAUUUGUAUAGUUAGAACAUAACUAUGUUUUCGCACUAUAGUUCGAAGCAGUGGUCGAAAUCAUCUUUUAGUUUUCCUCUCGUUGCAGUUUCAGAAACCAUAGGAAUCUUUGGCCUGCUCUAAAAUCUUCUCUGUGGAAGAUCAUCUGAUGCGACUUGCACGUCUGCAAUCAAACACUCUGAGUUCAGUUCUGGGAUAUUUUUCACUGUUAGUGGUAAAUAUUUAGAAAUGGAUGACAAUAGUAGCAGCAAGUUGACUGGAAUUCGGCAGAUUGUUAGGCUAAAGGAAAUUCUCCACAAGUGGCAAUCUGUAACAAUUGGCUCAAAGGAAACCAGCCCUCCCUCUGGUCAUCCCUCCAAUGGCAUUCCACCAGUUGUUAAUAAGAGGCUGAACAGUGUUAAGUGUUGCGAUUCAGACGAGGACAGUUGCCACAGCCCAGAACCGCCAGCUGACGUGCCCAAAGGGUACCUGGCGGUUUACGUUGGACCAGAGCUUCGGAGGUUUAUCAUCCCGACUAGCUACCUUAGCCACUCCCUGUUCAAGGUUUUGCUGGAAAAGGUUGAAGAGGAGUUUGGGUUUGAUCAUACUGGUGCGCUUACAAUCCCAUGUGAGAUUGAGACCUUUAAAUUUCUCCUGAAGUGCAUGGAGAGCCAUCCAAAAGACCACGAUGAUGAAGGGUCAGGUGAUAUUGCAGCUGAAGGUGCUUUAGCUAUUGAAGAGUAAUCGCACUGGUCUAUUUGGUCCAGAUUUUACGACUUACUUUGGAUGUAAAGCAGGUUCUCGCAGAUAUAUUUUUUAUUGACAAAAAAAAAUAAAAAAUAAAAAAUAAAUUAGGAAAUUUUAGUUAGAUUUGCAGGCGUGUUUUUGAAUUUCAUGGGCAGGGACAUCAAGCUUUUACCGGUCUGUUCUGUGUGUGUUGGGAUGUGAUCUUAUGUUUUGUAUGGGAUACAAGACAGACUUGUUUGUUAAGCAAAAUUUCAUAACUAAUAAUUGCUAUAUAUCUCAUGAAGGUCCACAUUCACUACAA